CCUAUAGUGUCAAAAUUCGGGUACUUGUAUUAUGGCAAUGGCGCUUCAUUUCUUAAUAAUAAUAAUAGCAAUGAGUUUGUUGGUUCUUCAAGCUGAUUCACAAGAAUUAUUAAUAAAGCUUGAAAAAACAAGACUGCAGAAAUGCGGAAUAGAUAAGAUUUAUCAGUUUGGUGAUUCACUUUCGGAUACUGGAAAUUGUCUGAAAGAGAGCUAUUGUGGAGCUCAAACUAAAACCGGAAGACUUCCAUAUGGAAUGAAUUUUUAUCAGAACGCAACGGGACGUUGUUCUGAUGGCAUGCUCAUGAUUGAUUUCAUAGCGAUGGAAUGUGGUCUUCCUCUCCUAAAUCCGUGGGAGGAUGAAAAUGCAGAUUUUAGUCAUGGUGCAAAUUUCGCAGUAUCAGGGGCUACUGCUUUAUCAGUGGAAUCCCUAGAAGAGAAUAACAUUGCUAUGUCCUUCACAAAUAGUACAUUAAGUGUGCAACUUGAUUGGAUGUCUUAUCAUUUCAAAUCCAUUUGUUCCCCUGAUUGCUCAAAAUAUUUGGAAAAGUCACUUUUCAUACUUGGAGAAAUAGGAGGAGAUGACAGCUAUUAUGGCUUAAAGCAAAGUAAAACCAUAGACGAGUUGCGAAGAAUGACGCCAGAAAUUGUUCACACCAUCAUUAAUAGUGUUAGAACAAUCAUUGAUUUUGGGGCUACCCGUAUUAUAGUUCCAGGCAAUUUUCCAGCAGGUUGUUUCCCAAUUAUACUAUCGUUUUACAUGACCAAUCCCUCAACUGCCUACGAUGAGUACCAUUGCGUGAAAGAAUGGAACAAUGUUUUAAUUUCUUACAACAAUCAUUUGCAACAAGCAAUUCAUGAGUUGAAGAGAGAAUAUCCAAACAUUUCAAUCAUUUAUGGUGAUUACUACAACGCUUAUCUCUGGCUUCAACAAAAUGCCGUCGCUCUUGGAUUCGAGAAAAAUACUCUACAGCAGGCAUGUUGUGGAUUAGGAGGAGACUAUAAUUAUAAAGAAGAUAUGAAGUGCGGGGAUCCGAGAGUUCCAGUGUGUGCAGAUCCAAGUACUUACAUAAGUUGGGAUGGAGGUCAUUUGACACAAAAAGCAUAUAACUGGAUAACAAAAUGGUUAAUCAAUGAUAUAUUACCCCAAUUAAAUUGUCAUGUUUAAAUUAAAUAUAACUUAUAUAAAUCAGAUAGUGUUAAGAUUUAAUUACAUCAUUUCUCUAUUC